CGCCGCCGCCGGGAUCUGCGCUUCGCUGUCGCACAUUCUACACGCGGCCCAAACAGUCUCGCUCUUUCAAAUAUCCCUCUUUCUGCCUUUCUUUUCUCCUGAGGCGCUUGAAAAAAUUGGAGAAGGCUUAAAUAGAAAAGAAAUCAACUUUCAUGGAGAUUUCGAGGAUUUAAAAGACUAAAUAUGACGUCCACGUUGCAGCGAAAGUGCAUGUGCCAUUAGGCAAUUGGAUUUACCCUGUAGCCUUCUUUCUCCCCUCCCACCCCCCCGCCUUCACUGAAGCGGAUGAAAACAAACAGUGACGAUGGCGGCUCCAGGAAGCUACCGGCUGUUGGGCUUAAGGCAGGAGUGAUCUCUUGACCAGAGAGGGAAGCCCUGAAGAGCGCCGGUCGACGGCAGUGCGACAAAUCGCGCAAUCUUGGGAGCAAAACGCCCGAGGCCUGGAGCCAGGAGCCUUCUGAAACGUGAGGUAUCUGUCUGCGACCUGUGCUGUCACUGCAGCCCGGAGCGCGGAACCCUCAGCCGGCGGCGCGGCUGGCCGGCCCCAGGCUCGGGCCUUCGUAAUGAGAGCCCAGAGCCUCUCUCUGUGCCGCCGCUUCACAGAUUCCUAUAGGCAAUGGAAACUGAUCUCAAUUCCCAAGACAGAAAGGACCUGGACAAGUUUAUUAAAUUUUUUGCCCUUAAGACUGUCCAAGUGAUUGUCCAGGCUCGACUUGGUGAAAAGAUUUGCACCCGUUCAUCUUCAUCCCCAACUGGUUCAGAUUGGUUCAAUUUAGCAAUCAAAGACAUCCCAGAGGUUACACAUGAAGCAAAGAAGGCACUGGCAGGGCAGCUGCCUGCUGUCGGGAGGUCUAUGUGCGUGGAGAUCUCACUCAAGACUUCGGAGGGAGAUUCCAUGGAGCUGGAAAUAUGGUGUCUUGAAAUGAACGAAAAGUGUGAUAAAGAAAUCAAAGUGUCCUACACAGUGUACAACAGACUGUCAUUGCUGCUGAAAUCUCUCCUUGCAAUAACUAGGGUGACACCAGCCUACAGACUCUCCAGAAAACAAGGGCAUGAAUAUGUCAUAUUAUACAGGAUAUAUUUUGGGGAAGUUCAGCUGAAUGGUUUAGGAGAAGGCUUCCAGACAGUUCGUGUUGGGACAGUGGGCACCCCUGUGGGCACCAUCACUCUUUCUUGUGCUUAUAGAAUUAACUUGGCAUUCAUGUCUACGAGGCAAUUUGAGAGGACCCCACCUAUCAUGGGGAUUAUUAUUGAUCACUUUGUGGACCGUCCCUAUCCCAGCUCCUCUCCCAUGCACCCCUGCAAUUACAGAACUGCUGGUGAGGACACUGGAGUAACAUAUCCAUCUGCAGAAGACUCUCAGGAAGUGUGCACCACUUCUUUUUCCACUUCUCCUCCAUCACAGUGUGUGUUUACUGUCACAAAGGCACAUUUUCAGACCCCUACUCCUGUGGUGACGGACACUCUGAGGGUCCCCAUGGCAGGACUGGCCUUUUCCCAUCAACUCUCAAGCUCUCGCCUUUCCUAUCAGCCUGCUGCCCUGGGCGUUGGAUCAGCUGACCUGGCUUAUCCAGUAGUGUUUGCUGCUGGCUUAAACGCUACACACCCUCACCAGCUCAUGGUUCCUGGGAAGGAAGGUGGGGUACCCCUUGCUCCUAACCAACCUGCCCACGGUGCCCAGGCUGACCAGGAGAGAUUGGCAACCUGCACCCCUUCUGAUGGGGCCCACUGUGCUGCCACACCUUCCAGCAGUGAGGAUACUGAAACUGUAUCAAACAGCAGUGAGGGACGGGCCUCCCCCCACGAUGUCUUGGAGACCAUCUUUGUCCGAAAAGUGGGGGCUUUUGUCAACAAACCCAUCAAUCAGGUGACUCUGACGAGUUUGGACAUACCUUUUGCCAUGUUUGCUCCCAAGAAUUUGGAGCUGGAGGAUACUGAUCCCAUGGUGAAUCCUCCAGAUUCCCCAGAGACAGAGUCUCCUCUCCAAGGCAGCCUGCACUCUGAUGGCUCCAGCGGGGGCAGCAGUGGCAAUGUCCAUGACGACUUCGUUAUGAUUGACUUCAAACCAGCUUUUUCUAAAGAUGACAUUCUUCCGAUGGAUUUGGGGACCUUUUAUCGUGAGUUUCAGAACCCUCCUCAGCUGAGCAGCCUCUCCAUAGAUAUUGGAGCACAGUCCAUGGCUGAAGACUUGGACUCAUUACCAGAGAAGCUGGCUGUGCACGAGAAGAAUGUUCGAGAGUUUGACGCCUUUGUAGAAACCCUGCAGUAAAAGUGUCCUCCAGGACCAGUAGCAUCCCCUUUUCGUGGCUCCAGGGGACAGAGAGCCUCACGUGCAUCAGCUGCUCCCAUCCCUCAUCCUGCUCCAAGCUAGGUGGACGGGAGGGUGGUUCCCCCACAGGGAUCCAAAAGUCUCUGCUCCUGGACCUCCUGGAAACUCCUUGGCGGCAGUCACCCCAGUACCAGCAUUUGAGCGGACUCACCCUCUGGCCUUGGAGGUGGGGAGAUCGUUUGUACAAAGGGGUCCUCAGCAGGGCCAUAAUCAGCUGCUUCACAGGGGUGUCACCCUGUUCCUCCUGCUGCCAGCCCCUUUACCUGGGCCUGCCCUGAAGCUGGCCCCUCGCCUGCCUGCUGUUGCCAUCAACCAUUUGACAUUCCAACUGGCGGCCCAGAAACUGGUGCAGAGGCAGAAAGAGGAAGGAGACAGUGCUGGGAGGAAGGAGGGGAGGGGGUCUUUUAGGUUCUUCGUUGUCUCUUUCACCUCCUGCUAGCUUCUUCCUCUUUCUCUCCCUCUCUCUGCCACCUGUGCCUGUACUUCUGGCAAUAUGACAGGCCUGCUUUCCCAAGAUAGAACUCCAAGGCCAGCCACUCGCACCCGAAGGUGGUGCAGCCCUUCCUAGAGGGUCAGAGCAGUUCUGGGGGCUGCCUGUGCUUAGCUCCUCAGCGACACGGGAAACAUAAACAGAAUCCUGUCUCUCUAGGAUUCUGUCACUGAGAGUCACGACAAAGUUUCCUUCCUUCCCCAUUGCUGCUCCUUGGUUAUAGAACACAGUAAAUAUUUAUUACUUUCAGAGAAAUCAGAUAUUUUAUAGAGAAGAUAUGUUUGAGGUUAGAUGUUUUCACUCGGGGAAGGUGGAGGGCCUCUUCCCGGGGCAGAGGCCUCCUCCUGUGGAGGCUCUUCAGAGUCCAGGCUGCUGCUCUGAGGAUCUUCUUUCAAGGCUAGGGCUGGCUGAGGGCCACGUAACCUCCCAGAACUGCUGCAUUUGAACUGACAGAGGCUUUACCCUGGACACUGACAUGUUCCUGGUGAGAGCCGUACGUCUCCCACGGCUUCUGCAGAGUGACUGACUCCAUUCUGGCUGCCCAGGAAGUCUUGGGUGCUAAAUGUGAUGACCACAUAUAGUGCCCAAGGGACUUUGUGUGUCCCUCUCCUGCAGGGGUACUUGUUCCUGAUCCUUGGCGCUGGACUACGGAGCUUUUCCUCCUCCUGCAGAGGCCUAGCCACCACCUCCCUUCGGUCCCUGGGUCUAUACACCACCCUGGGGUUUACUAGCUAGAUUGGCUCCUUGUUGAGAAACCAAAACUGGGCAUAUGAUUGACUUAACCCUUCAGGUAUUGUUACUUGAAUAAGUCAAGUGCCUAGCCACAGCCACCAACCAUUUGUCCUCACCUCCCUGGCAGCCCUGACCGUGGAAGAGAGGCCUGCCCCUUUCUUCCUGGCCCACCAAGGGUACUCAUCGGUGGCAGCUGUGCUUCAGUGGAGCAGGUGGCUCUUAAUUGCUUGUUAGUAAACUGCAUGUGACACUGUUCCAUCUAUAAGACCUCUGAGGGGAGCCCUGGCCCUGUGCAUGCUUCAGCUGCCACAGAAAAAUGUUCCUAGCAGUGGUGGCCAGCUCCUGUCUUUGGGCCAGAGCACAUGUGUGGCCUGCUGAACCAGAUACGCCCUCAAAGCCCCGGCCCUGAGAGGGGGAAGGCCUCUGGUAAAUUAUUGAUGCUUUCCCACCCCCUACAUCUCAGCUGCUGCCCUCUAAGUCCUUGCAUGGAAAGGUCUGUUGGCCUCUGUCCAAGGCAGUUUUCUUUGACACCCUGUUGGCCUCCAGGCAGCAGCCUUUCACCAGGGCCCCACCCAUGAAGAGGCCAGGGAGGCUCCACCCUGACUUUGAACUCGGCCUAGGAGGAACAAGGUAACUGUCAGGCUGGCCCUUGCCCCUCAGCCCUGUACCAGAAUAGGUAUGAGCCCUAGACUGACUCCUGCAGCACCCCUGGGAAAGGCUGGGACCAGCCAUCUGUCUCCAGGUGACAGAGUCCCUCCUCCUCCAGCCUACUUUGGAAAUAGUGAGUUACACUUCAAAAUGUAUUCAAGAGAUUUCCAAUAAAAUUUUUUCUGUACUUUA